UUCCGGCCCGAUCCCCCUACCUGGCCGACCUUGCACUCCCGUGCUCAGCCCCGUGACACCCCCACCCCGCCUGACCCAGGGGAGCGCGCAGCGGACAACAAGGAAGGGGGUGUCGAGCCCAGCCAGUAGUUUGUCGGUGUGAUGCCACCCCACUUGGCACUACCCUUCAGGCGCCUCUUCUGGUCCUUGGCCUCCAGUCAGCUGAUUCCCAGAAGACACAGAGGACAUAGCCUCCUGCCUACCACUCCAGAGGCCCACACAGAUGGGAGUGUCCCGGUAUUCAUCCGUGCCCUGGCCUUUGGGGACAGGAUCGCCCUUAUUGACAAGCAUGGCCGUCACACCUACAGGGAACUGUAUGACCGCAGCCUUUGUCUGGCCCAGGAGAUCUGCAGGCUUCGGGGUUGUAAGGUUGGGGACCUCCAGGAAGAAAGGGUCUCCUUCCUGUGCUCCAAUGACGUCUCCUACGUUGUAGCACAGUGGGCCUCCUGGAUGAGUGGUGGUGUUGCUGUCCCACUGUACUGGAAGCACCCUGAGGCCCAGCUGGAGUAUUUCAUCCAGGACUCCCGGAGCUCUGUGGUCGUGGUUGGCCAGGAGUACUUGGAGCGGCUAAGUCCGCUGACUCAGAGGCUGGGAGUCCCUCUUCUGCCGCUCACGCCUGCCGUCUACCGUGGAGUGACAGAGAAGCCCACAGAGCGGCCAAUUGAAGAGAGUGGGUGGCGUGACCGGGGUGCUAUGAUCUUCUACACCAGCGGGACCACGGGGAGGCCCAAGGGUGCACUGAGCACCCACCGAAACCUAGCCGCUGUGGUGACUGGGCUGGUCCACUCAUGGGCGUGGACUAAAAACGAUGUGAUCCUUCAUGUCCUCCCGCUGCACCAUGUCCACGGCGUGGUCAACAAGCUGCUCUGUCCACUCUGGGUAGGAGCCACCUGCGUCAUGCUGCCGGAGUUCAGUGCUCAGCAGGUUUGGGAGAAGUUCUUGAGUUCUGAAGCCCCACAGAUUACUGUAUUCAUGGCAGUGCCCACCAUCUACAGCAAGCUGCUGGAUUACUAUGACAAGCAUUUCACGCAGCCCCGUGUCCAGGACUUUGUGCGUGCAGUUUGUAAAGAAAGAAUCAGGCUGAUGGUCUCAGGCUCUGCCGCUCUGCCUGUCCCACUGCUGGAGAAGUGGAAGAGUGCCACGGGCCACACACUGCUGGAGCGCUAUGGCAUGACAGAGAUCGGCAUGGCCCUGUCCAACCCCCUGACGGAGGCUCGCGUGCCAGGUUCUGUGGGGACCCCAUUGCCAGGAGUGGAAGUAUGCAUCGUCUCAGAAAACCCACAGAAGGGUUCCCCCUACAUCAUCCAUGCAGAGGGAAACGAGAGGGGGACAAAGGUGACUCCAGGGUUCGAGGAAAAGGAAGGGGAGCUGCUAGUUAGGGGACCCUCUGUGUUUCGGGAAUACUGGGAUAAGCCAGAAGAAACGAAAAGUGCUUUCACUUCGGAUGGCUGGUUCAGAACAGGAGACACCGCCGUGUUCAAGGAUGCUAGAUACUGGAUCCGAGGGCGCACGUCCGUGGACAUCAUCAAGACUGGAGGCUAUAAAGUCAGCGCCCUGGAGAUCGAGCGGCACCUGCUGGCCCACCCCAGCAUCACUGAUGUCGCUGUAAUUGGAGUUCCGGAUAUGACAUGGGGCCAGCGGGUCACAGCUGUGGUUGCUCUUCAAGAAGGACAUUCACUGUCCCACAGGGAUCUCAAGGAGUGGGCCAGAGGUGUCCUGGCCCCGUAUGCUGUGCCCUCAGAGCUCCUGCUGGUGGAGGAGAUCCCCCGGAACCAGAUGGGCAAGGUGAAUAAGAAGGAGCUGCUCAAACAGUUCUACCCCUCGGGACAGAGGAGCCAGCCGGGCCAAGGCUAGAGAACCCCAAACACCCGGCAAUCAUGUGCUGUGGGCUCAGAUGGAACCCUGCCCUCUGCAGUCAGGUUGAUCAGAAUCAAAACCUCUAGGGACGAAUCACCAAGUGAGUGACCCUGACCACUGGCUGUGUCCUCGGUGGUCCUUGAGAUCACUGGUGUGUGCCAGUCUCACAAGCACAGUAAGGACUUGGCUGUGGCCAGUGUGUGGCCAGCUCUCCAGUGCCUGGGGACAUGGCUGUGGCCAGUGUGUGGCCAGCUCUCCAGUGCCUGGGGCUGCUGCCUCUCCUUAGGGCAGGUCCCAGAGAGUCAGAGGUGACAGUGAGAAGAGAGGUGAAAUAAAGACACAUG